CUCGCCUGUGAAGCACAGUCGGUGUGAAGAUGCUGCUGCUGCUGCUGGUGACUCUGCUGCUCCCAGGAGUGGGAGGAGGUGAUGCCCCGGUGUUUGCCUACAGCAAGAUGGGCGACGACGUGGCGCUGCAGUGCGGGAACUGGGCUUCGUCCAGCGGCAACCCCGUAGUGACCUGGACCUUCUACCACGGCAGCAUGUCCUUCCCCACGCUGGAGAUCGACAGCAGCCGCCAAGGCGACGGAUAUGAGCGUCGCUUCAUCACGUGGAACUGCAGCCUCGUCAUCCGCAGCUUGGGGCCCGAAGACAUCGGCACCUACAAGUGCAUGCUUCUGCACGAGACUUUCGCCGAGGUCUUCCUGUCCGUCCUGGUGGUCUCUUCGCCGACCCCUGCCACUGACCUCCGGCCCGGGCGCCCCCUCAGCCUCAGCUGCACGCUCUUCACCUACUACGACGGCGUCAGCUGCAGUCCACAUUCCAAGGACUUCAACGUCAGCUGGACCUCUGAGGACGGAACCAACCUGCUUCAGGACCGAAGGUUUGAGGUGAAGGUCACCUCUCGCUGCAACAUCACGCUGGUCAAGCAGCUCCAGAGCGACGACUUCGACCGCAGGUGGAGAUGUCAGGUGACCUUCGCCCGCCGGGCCACCUCCCUGUCACUGGAUUUCUACCCCAGUUUCGUCUUCCAUAACCGGACCACCUUCAGCCAGCCCGACUGCGCCGUCCCGCUGCCCAUCAGCCGCAUCCUGCUGUGUGCCCUGCUGCCCGCCAUGGUGCUCGCUGUCUGCGUCUGGACGUGGAGGCUGGACCGCCAGAAGACCCGAGCUCCUCCAGUCCAGUUCGACUUCCCCUGACCUCUCACUCCACCCCCACAGAUGACUGGAUCAUUUCUCACGGAGCCCACUCUCUUCUGCACAUGACUGCCCGACUUCUCUCCUGCUGGCUCCCAUUUUCACUCUCCUUUUUUCCAAUGUGUUCCCUGGCCUGUUAUAGAGCCGCCUGCUAGUUCCUGCUCCUCCUUACUCCACCACUGUGUCCUGCUUCCAACUUCACCUCUCCUCACUGCCUCUUCCUCCAGCCAUGACGGUUUCUUCUCUUAACUGUGACGUCCCAGAUGACUAUGUUGUUUUUGAUUUUCCUGCUCAGGACUGUGAGUAUAGACUCACAUUUGUUUGUGUGUAUAUCUUUUUUCAUAUUUGACAAUUUUCCUCUCUUUUCGUUGCUGCAAGUGGAACAAGUUGUUUGACCAUGAAUCAAUUUUUGCCUGGGACCCGUUACUGUCUCGUCUGACUUGCCACCUUUUCCUCAGAUUGACUGGCGAAAGUGUCAUUUUGUGGAAUAAAAACUGACAACUGACUGUACUGAUCCAUGUUCACGUGUCCACUUUUCACACCAUUCUCACCAUUUUUGCAAAAAAGUACUGGAAGAACAUGCUCAUUCUUCUAUCCUCC